CACAAGCGGCGUAUGAGUGAUAUUUAUACAAAGUGCGAAUGAGUGAGCUUUUUCUACGAGUGAAAUUUGCUAACAGCCAGACCACUAGAGUUGGCUAGAAAAAGGCUGCAGCGUCAACACUGUGGCAACAUUUGCUGUCUAGCAGCAGAACACAAACUAGAACCUGUAACGGCAUCGUCUUGUAGAAGGGCUAGAGUAUAAAAGGACGCUGAUCAAUCCAACCAAAUGCAGAACCAACCAACGAGGCGAGAGCCACAGACUGAAUCCAAUUCGAACUUCAACUGCAACUCCAUUUUGAAAUUCAGAAUGCGAUUCCUCUCGCUGGCUGUGGCUGCUUUGACUUGGCUGACUUUGGCCAAUGGUCUUGCACUGUACACAAACUAUCCGUAUGUGUAUACGACGCAGGGAACGGCACUGGUGACGCCGACGCAACGACAGUAUUUGUCGCAGGAUGCACUGGGUCACUAUGCCUACGGCUAUGCCGAGCCGCAUUCCAGCAAGCAGGAGGUGCGCAGCCUGGACGGAAUCACACGUGGCAGCUACAGUUAUCGCGAUGCGGCCGGAAAACUCCAAAGAGUCGAUUAUACGGCGGAUGCUGCUGGUUUCCAUGUGACUGCCACCAAUUUGCCGAUUUCAGCCAGAAGCAUUGACGCAGCCGCUCAACAGCAACCAGCUGAUUCCGUUGAAGUGGCCGCCGCUCGUCAAACUCACUUGGCGGCUCACGAGGCCACACGACUCCUUCUCAAGCAAGCUCAACAGCAAUCCAAUCCGGACGAGCAGCAAAUCGAUAAGGAACUGCAAAGUCCCGUUGAAGAUACAGCCGAGGUCGCUGCUGCCAAAUCGAAUCAUCUGAAGCGUGUCGCCGCCGAGCAGCUGCGCAAUGAGCUGCUCAGCGGAAGAUCUGCCCCAGUUGGACGCAGCAGCCAUGUCAUUCUGCCCGUGCACUCCGUCUACGGCUAUACGGUUCCACGCUACUACAACUCCGGAAUCUAUUCGCUGCUGGAAUAUGGAGCCCCACCGCCAGCCGGCACCAUUACCCAAUAUCACACACAGGAUGAGCAUGGUCAGUAUGCCUAUGGCUAUACAGCGCCACUCUACUCCAAGCACGAGACACGCACUGCGGAUGGCGUGACUCACGGAUCCUAUUCCUAUGUGGAUGCCAGGGGAGAACAGCAGACGGUCAACUACAAAGCGGAUGUGGAUGGAUUUCGUGUGAUCGCCAGCAGUCUGCAGCAGCAACCCAACGAGGAGACGCCCGAGGUUGCCGCUCUGCGUGCCCAGCACUUGGCUGCCCAUGCUGAGGCCAAGCUGCGACUGGCUGGCGGUGCAAAUCUAAACCCGGUACAAGAUACUCCCGAAGUGGCCGCUGCCAAAGUUGCCUUCUUCAAGCGCUUCGAGGCGGAGAAACUGCGCAAUCAGCAACUCAGCAAGACGACAAAGACAAAGACGAUUCUGCCCAGUCGCACCAUCCUGUCGCAACCACUAUAUGUGCUGAAGCCCGCCAGUGGUUUCAUAAUCAAGUACAACACCCUGCUGCAGACAAGCUCAUCACCAUACCGUGAAUACCUUCCCUUGGCUUGA